AUGGAAAAGAGGGAACUCCCACUUGAAAGCAUGGUAAUCUGCUAUGCAGAUGAUACCCUUAUUCUAACGACUGGAGAGGACUGGGAGGAGGCCUAUGAUAGAGGCAGACCCGCUCACACAAACCUGAGGGUUGCAGGAACGACAGUACACGUUGGUAUAAACAUGAAAUACCUAGGAUUAGUGCUGGACAGCAAGUGGAAUUUUGAGGCGCACUUCUCCAGUCUAUCACCAAGAUUGGAGAAAGCAGCCUUCAACCUCAGCAGGCUUCUCCCGAACCUGGGAGGUCCGGACAACAGAGCAAGAAGGCUGUAUGCUCAAGUCGUAGCAUCAAUGGCCCUAUACGGUGCUCCUGUGUGGGCGUACGAAAUACAUAGGAAUAGGAAAUGCUUGCAAACUAUCAGGCAAACUCAGAGAAGGAUGGCUGGUAGGCUCAUCCGUGCCUAUAGGACGACCUCCUGGAUUGCCAACUCCGUGCUGGCAGGGAUGCCACCUCUUGAGUUGGAGGCCAGGAGACAAGAGGAAGCGUAUGCUAGGAUUACUGACAUAAGGAGGAAUACUCCGAAUAACAUCCCGGUACCUAAGGCCACCAUCGAGGGCAUCAGGGAGGCGACCAAAAGGAAUCUGGUCAAAAAGUGGAAGACUUGGCUGAAGGACCAGAUAUCAGAGGAGGAUGUCAUCAUUGGAGCCAUCCAAGAUCAGCUGGAGGGCUGGCUAGAGGCGAAGGUGGGGCUCUCCUUCCGGGCGACGCAGGUCCUGACGGGACAUGGUUGUUUCGGACAGUACCUGUGUCGCAUCGGGAGGGAGCUCACGCCAGAAUGCUGGAGCUGUGGAGCGGAGGUUGACUCCGCGAGGCACACGCUCCGAUACUGCCCAGCAUGGACGAUAGAAAGGAAUGCGUUGCAAGGACGUUCUAGGACUAAAUCUCGACUGGAAGUCGAUCGUUGCGGCUUUGAGAAGGGAAGACGGGAAGAGGGCCUUCUUGAAAUAUUGCGAGGUGGUUAUGUCCAAGAAGGAGGCAAUUGA